AUGAAGGCCUGGGCUAUAGGUCUCUUUGGUGCCGAGAUCACUUACACUUUGAGUUUAGUGUUUAUCAAAUCGUCUAUACUCGCAUUUUAUUGGCGUGUGUUUGACAUCACGUCUGCUAUUAAACCACUUAUUUGGAUAUUGUUUGGUAUGGUCUGUGCCUGGGGGACAAUCAUAGCGGUUAUAUGCCAAUGCCUUCCUACUUCUGCCUUCUGGGAAAGAUUCGAUCCUGAUAGCCCCUUGCCCCCAUCUCAGUACGACUGUGGGGUUGAUAUGCACAAAUUUUUUUAUUGGGAAUGCUAUCCCUAA